AAGCAUCUCUUCUUAUAGAUAUCUGUUCUUGCUGAUAACAAAAGAGACAAGAGGCUAGAGUAAAUUUCCAGCUUUUCCAUCAGAAAUGAAGAACACAUUUCAGGAUCAAGCUUUAGGAAUUCCAAUCAACUCAGCAGCAUACACUGCUAGAAGAUCGCCUCUGAGAUACUUGCCAGGACCCGAUGGCCAAUACCCUCAGGCCUAUUUUAAACAAUGCAAAGCAGACUCGAUGCUCAAGAUGAUGAACAAGCUAGGAAAGAAAGCAGACAAUUUUGCAAAUGGUGUUCGAGAGCAUGUGAGACUAGGGCCAAAAAUUAGUGAAACAGUCAAAGGAAAGCUGAGCCUGGGGGCUAAGAUUCUUCAAGUAGGAGGGGUGGAAAAAAUCUUUAAGCAGUUAUUUGUUGUUAUCGAAGAUGAAAAACUGUUGAAGGCUUCCCAGUGCUAUUUGUCAACAACAGCAGGUCCUAUUGCAGGCCUUCUAUUCAUCUCCACUGAAAAAGUCGCCUUUUGUAGUGAGAGAUCAAUCAAAUUCUCUUCUCCGAGUGGAAAAUCAGUUAGAGUCCAUUACAAGGUAUUGGUUCCUCUCAAGAAGAUAAAAAUGCUUAACCAGAGUGAGAAUGUAAAGAAGCCAUCACAAAAGUAUCUGGAACUAGUUACAGUGGAUGAUUUUGAGUUCUGGUUUAUGGGAUUCAUAAAUUAUCAAAAAACUUUCAAAUAUCUUCAGCAGGCAAUGUCCCAAAUCUGAGAUGAGAUGAAUGUCGCUUUCUAGCUAGGGACUUAAAUCUUCUACCUCGUCAGAAAUUCGGAAUAUUAAGUUCAUGGAGAGAGCAAAACUAGACACAACUACAGUACUGUAUCAAAUUUUGUUAGUGAAUGUAUAAAUUCUUAA